AUGAGCGGCUGGCUCACCGUCAUCGGCCUCGGCGAGGACGGGCCGGAUGCGCUCGCGCCCGCGGCCCGGGCGCUGAUCGAGCAGGCGGAGGUGCUGGUCGGCGGCGAGCGCCAUCUCGCGAUGAUCCCGGAUGGCGAUGCCCGCCGAAUGACAUGGCGCCGCCCGCUGGCGGAGACCAUGGACGAUAUCCGCGCCUUGCAGGGCCAGCGCGUCGUCGUGCUCGCGACCGGCGAUCCCUUCUGCUUCGGGAUCGGCACGAUGCUCCGGCGCGCCUUCCCCGACGAGGAGAUGGUGACGAUCCCGGCACCAUCCGCCUUCAGCCUCGCGCGCGCCCGGCUCGGCUGGAGCGCGGACGAGGUGGUGGGCGUGACGCUGCACGGGCGCCCGCUUGAGACCAUCCGCGCCUUCCUCGCGCCCGGCCAGCGCCUGCUGGUCCUCUCCCACGACGGCGCAACGCCGGCCGCAGUGGCAGCGGAGCUUACGGCCGUCGGCUACGGCGCGAGUUCGCUCACCGUCUUCGCCCACAUGGGCGGCAGCGACGAGGCCUGCGUGAGCGAACGCGCCGACCGUUGGCGCGCGGUACGGGUACCCGACCUCAACACCAUCGCCAUCGAAUGCCGCGCGGAAGGCCGCGUGAAGCGCUUUCGCGGCGCACCGGGCCUGCCGGACCGCGCAUUCGAGAACGAUGGGCAGCUGACAAAGCGCGAAAUCCGGGUGCAGACCGUGAGCGCGCUGGACCCGCGGCCGGGCGCCCUGCUCUGGGACGUGGGCGCGGGCUCGGGCUCGGUGGCGAUCGAGUGGCUCCUGAGCGAGCGGACAUGCGCCGCCAUCGCGGUCGAGCGCGAGGCGGACCGCUGCGCCCGGAUCGCCCGCAACGCCGCGGCCCUGGGCGUGCCGCGCCUCAAGGUCCAGCAGGGCGCGGCACCGGAGGCGCUGGAGCUCUUGCCGGUGCCGGGCGCGGUCUUCAUCGGGGGCGGGCUCUCGCUCCCCGGCCUGAUCGAGACCUGCUGGGCGAGGCUCGCGCCGGGCGGCGUGCUGGUGGCCAACGCCGUCACCGUGGCCGGCGAGGCGAUCCUCGCAGACUGGUGCGCGCGCCACGAGGGCACCAUGACACGCCUCGCGGUCUCCCGCGCGAGACCCGUGGGCCGCCACCUCGCCUGGCGCCCGCUGAUGCCGGUGACCCAACUCACGCUCGUCAAGACAGAAUGA